UAUCUUGAGAUCUGGUUUCCUAAAAAUAAAUCCUUAACCAACUUACCUUUAUGUUUUUAUAAAUUAGUGAAUGAAUAAAAGAUUCAAUAUUUAUUUGUCAUGGAUUGUGAUGAUUUAUCUGGUAUACCAAAUAAUGAAAAUGUUUCGGACAAGGAGCGUGAUACUGCUCAUCAAGCAUUCUGUGACUACGAAGCCGGUCGAUAUAAGGAGAGUUUGAAACGCUUGGAGACUCUUAAUGGUGAUGAUAAAUCUGUUCAGUUUAAUAGUAGUAUUGUACAAUUUUCUAUUGACGGUGAUGUUGACAGAUUAUUAGAAAAUUUAACUUCCGAUGAUGAGCUUGAUUUAGCCCAGCAGGUAUGUGUUGAUUUUAAUCGAGCCUUGCUACUGGCUAAGUAUAAAGGCAACUUUAAAGAAGCGAUAAAAAUAUUGGAAAAAAGAGUAUCACUGAUAACAGAUCCAAUGGGCAUUGUUGAUGAAAGGACAACAAUUAGACUCUGCCAUCUACUAGCUGUUAUUUAUGUAGAGAGAAAGAAGGAUCCAUCUAAAGCACUGGCGUUGCUCCAAUUUUUAGGAGAUAAAUUUGAUAAUCCGCCUCAUAGGUUGCAACAGCUGAAAGCACUAUGUUACCUCCAGAUGCGAUCAACCAAAGCAGCCAAGAAGGAACUCAAGUCGAUCAACGGCGAGCCACUACUCCGAUCUUAUUUAGAACUGCAAAGGAGUAACUGCAAGAAGACCUUAAAGACUUUUGCGUCAUGUUCAAAAGAAAACCCAUAUUACACCAACAACGAAGCCGUCAUAAACUUCUGCAUGGGAAAAAAGAACACAGCAGUGCAUUUGCUUAGUAAACAGAUAAACAACCUGCCACCAGAAACUGUAUACAACUAUGGACUGAUGAAUUUAUUUACCGGUAAUCUUAAAAAUGCCUUCGAAGCUUUCAAGAAAUGUUUACUUUAUUUUAAGAAGAACCCAAGACUUUGGUUAAGGAUAGCGGAAUGUAAAUUAGAAGAACUAUCAAGAAACAAAAUCGAAGAUUUUGAUAUUGUAAAAAGGAAACAAGAUAUGAUAUUGGGUUACGCUGAUGAUGGUUUACAUCGUAAGAUGAUUUUCCAGGGAUGUAAUGAUAAAAUUAUAGACAAAGAGAAAUUGCUUUUCAUUAGAAAAUGCCUUCUCCACAGCCUUACUUUAAUUCAAAGCGACACAGAAAGAGAUUUUUAUCCAUCCAAUUACCCAUCAGAAGUGGAGCUAAAAAGAUUGACGAUAUCCAUACUGCUUGAACUAUCAUAUGUAAAUCUAUGUCUUCAUAAUUUUUCUUAUGCUCACAAGUAUGCUGUUGAAGCUUUAGACUUGUCCCCUGAAUCCAAUCAAAAAUGCCUUGCUCAUCUUUAUGCAGGUGAAGCUUUAGUCUGGUUGGACAGUAUAACGGAAGCUAUUACUCAUUUUUCUGAAUCAACAUCAAAUCCACCUGAAGAAGGAACGGUAUACAAAGCUGUACUUUGUUAUAACCUUGCUGUCGCAUACACAUUAAGAGGUGAAUUCAGUAAAGCAUCUGAAACACUUCGAUUACUUAGAAAUAUCCAGCCUCAGUCAAACAAACAAGUGUUACCUAUUCAAUUUAUCGUUUUAGCCAUAUAUAUUCAGUUGGCCCAAGGAUAUGUUGACUCUGCCAAAUCUAUAAUUAAACAGCAUCUUACCCAGUAUCGAUGAAAUCGUGAACUGUACAAAUGUUUAUAUCUAUCUCUUUUUCGCUUUACUUCCUUGUGAUCAAUAACCAUCGUUAACAAUGUAUUGAUAAUGUAUUUUUAUCGUUAAAUUUAUUAAAAACUUGAAUCAAAUUUAA